AUGGCCACCCCUAUAUCAGUAGCCAACUUGCCACCCAGUUACAUGGCCAGUUCAUGUAACGGGCUGGCGAGCCUGCACAACGCGCUGGUGGCGCUGGGGGCGAAGGACGGGCUGCACGUGGCGGUGGCGUGCCGCAACACGUGCCCUGCGCUGCUUCGGCCGCUGAGGCGCCUGUCUCUGACGCGGCUACUGCAGCUGGCGGCGGCAGCUCGCGCCGAGACGGCGACGCGCGCGCUCGUGUCGGCGCUGCUGCACGGCUUCCACGGCGUGCGCUGCCCCGAGCGCGGCCCGCUCGACGCCGCCGCGCCCUCGCCCGACCGCACCGCCGACGACUCCUCCUCCGUCGAGGUUUAC